CCACAACAUACUUCACCUUCUGAUUUGGAAAUUUUCCAAUUUACUGUUCUUCGCUUCAUUCUAUCAGUGUAAUCAAUUUCUGCCAUUCCUUAUCAUCUGAUGAACUUCGCCAAUUGAUAUCGGAGACGUUGGAAAACUAAUAUGAUAUGUAUAUUUCCGCCCAAUCGCCAAAGCUAUUGUUGGAGCUUGGUGAAGGAUUUGGACGUCGUUUUUAUUGGGAUGAUAGUGUCGUUUAAUUAUGAUCAACUAGGUCACUCGGCAAUAGUAACGUUUGAUUCUAAUCGCAUGUUUUUCUCAUUUAAGCAGCGUGGCAUGCAGGAAAGCCCUGUAUCCUCGAUUGUGGCGCCACUUGUGGCUGUUCACUACGGCAUCCCAUCAACUGCGUCAGUGUUGGCUUUUGACCCCAUUCAGAAACUAUUGGCUAUUGGAACCCUUGAUGGCCGUAUUAAAGUGGUUGGGGGUGAUAAUAUUGAAGGCCUCCUUAUGUCUCCUAAGUCCAUACCAUUUAAAAACUUGGAGUUUUUCCACAAUCAAGGGUUUCUUGUGAGUGUCUCGACUGAGAAUGAAAUUCAGAUUUGGGACCUAGAGAACAGGCGCAUAUCCUCUAGCUUACAAUGGGAGUCUAAUAUAACUGCAUUCUCAGUUAUAUAUGGCACUCAUUUCAUGUAUAUAGGAGACGAAUAUGGUUUUCUAUCUGCCUUGAAGUAUGAUGCAGAAGCAGGAGAACUUGUUCAAUUAAUUUAUCAUAUUCCUGCAAAUCUUGUGGCUGAGGCAGCAAAUUUGCCAUUCCCGUUCAACCAGUCAAUAGUAGGUGUGCUACCCCAGCCUUCAUCAUGUGGAGAUAGGGUUCUGAUUGCUUAUGAAAAUGGAUUGAUUGUUCUCUGGGAUCUUACUGAAGAUAAAGCCGUUAUUGUUAGAGGAAAUAAGGAUCUCCAGUUGAAGGAUGAUACAGUGGUCAAGUCUUCAAAUGAUGGGAGCACUGAACCCUUAAAUGAUAUAUUAGACCAGGAAUACGCAGAGAAAGAAAUAAGUUCUCUUUGUUGGGUAUCUGCUGAGGGGUCAUUCCUUGCUGUGGGUUAUGUUGAUGGAGAUAUUUUCCUCUGGAACUUAUCAGUUUCUGAUAACAGUAAAGGACAUGCGUCUCAGAAGUCAUCCGAUAACGUUGUCAAAAUACAGCUAUCAUCUGCUGACAGAAGGCUUCCUGUCAUUGUUCUGCACUGGUCACCUAACAAGGUGAAAAAUGGAUUAGGAGGUCAACUUUUCGUUUAUGGUGGCGAAGAAAUAGGAUCUGACGAAGUAUUGACGGUCCUUGAUCUUGACUGGUCAUCUGGGAUAGCAAUGCUGAAAUGUGUCCAUCGAAUUGACCUUCCCCUUCAUGGAUCUUUUUCGGAUAUGACACUGAUUGCAAGUACUGGAGAAGUAGAGAGGAACAACGGCUUAUCAUUACUAGUGUUGACCAACCCAGGUCAACUACACUUCUAUGACUACUCUUGCUUGUCUACCUUGAAGUCUGAGCCAGAGAAGAAGCACUCUGAUGUAGCAGUUGAAUAUCCUGCCGUCGUACCAAUAAUUGAACCAAGACUGACCGUGGGAAACCUAUACUCAGUUUAUUCAAAUUAUUCGAGGAUUCUUGCAAAGGCAGUUGAAGCUGGAAAGCUCAAAGUCCAGCAGACUAUGUCCAGUAGUAAAAGUUGGCCUGUCUCUGGUGGUGUUCCUGGUCAAAUGUUGUCAGCUGAAGAACAUGGAAUUCAGAGAAUUUAUGUGGCUGGCUAUCAAGAUGGAACUGUACGAAUAUGGGAUGCAACAUAUCCAGCUCUGUCAAUUUUAUUUGUCCUCGGGCUUCAGGUGGAGGGUAUUGAAGUUGCUGGUGCAAAUGCAGCAAUUUCAGCUUUAGAUUUUUCUUCUACUUUGUCUUUGGCUGUUGGCAAUGAAUAUGGUCUUGUUUCCCUCUAUGGUCUAGAUGGAACUCAUGGCAGAACUAGCUUUUGCUCGGUCACACAGACAGAGCAAAAAGUUUUGGAUUUGCCUCAUCAUAUUGGCUCUCAGAUCAGAGCAGUAUAUGCGCUCCUCAAUUCUCCUGUUCGUAGCUUACAGUGGGUGAAACCUGGAAAUAAGCUGGCUGUUGGUUUUGAAUGUGGUCAGGCUGCUUUGCUUGAAACUAGUUCGUUAUCGGUUCUAUUUGUAACAGACAAUAUAUUCAGCUCCAGCUCGUCAAUCAUUUCUUUGGCUGUGGGAACGGUUCCAAACAUUGAAAACAUUAGCGUUCAGCAGUCUGAAAAUAGAACUUCAGAGGAAUCUUCUAAGGAAGUGAUUUUUGCUUUAACUAGAGAUGCAAACAUUGUAUUAGUGGACACUAGCACAGGGAAAAAGAUGUCUGAGCCAAUUCAGGGUGAUGCAACCGUUGCUGAAGGGGCUGAAGAGCGUAUCUCAUCGUCUUCUCAGCAUUUGGAGGAAAGAAGUCAAGCUGAACUAGGAGAUCAUGAAAAUCAAACUGAUCCACUGGAAGAUAAAAAUUCGAAGGCCAGUUUAGCAACCAAAAUUGAGGACUCAGUAAUUUUGCUAUGUUUUGAGAAUGCUUUGCAUUUGUACUCUACGAAAUCUCUUAUUCAGGGUAAAUUUAGCUCCAUCUUCGAACUUAAUCUGGUCCAACCUUGUUCAUGGACUACAAUCUUCAGAAAAAAUGGAAAAGAAUAUGGGCUGAUUAUAGUCUAUAAAAGUGGAGAAAUUGAAAUAAGGUUAAUCCUUUACUUUCUCCAAAUCAAGCUCUGUGUGUUGGGAAGCACCUCACUUACAAAGAUGCUUCGGUGGAAUUUCAAGGCUAAUAUGGUCAGUUUGAUGAGUUCUUCAGAUAAAGGGCAGAUUACUCUGGUUAAUGGAAGUGAAUUUGCCAUUGUAUCUCUUCUGGCCUUUGAAAAUGAUUUCAGGACUCCGGAGUUUUUCCCUUGCCUUCAUGAUAAAGUUCUUGCUGCUGCGGCGGAUGCCACUAUCGGAAUCCCUCAGUUUCAAAAGAACAAGCAGACUACUGCAGCUGGUGUUUUUGGUGGUAUUGUGAAGGGGCUGAAAGGAUCUAAGGUGGAAAUAGAUGACUCUGAAGUCCGGGAAAAUGUUGUUGCACAUUUGGAUACCAUAUUUUCUAGGCUUCCAUUUUCGGGCACUUUGGAAAACUAUGGAGAUGAUGAACUUGGAUUGGAUAUUAACAUAGAUGACAUUGAAAUUGAUGAGCCUCUGUUGGUUGAACCACUGCCCACUGUCAACAAUGAGAAAAGAGAGAAGGGCACCGAGAGGGAAAGGCUAUUUGAAGGCAGUUCUUCUGAUACAAAACCUAAACUUAGGACUCGUGAAGAAAUUAUUGCUAAAUAUCGAAAGGCUGGGGAUGCAACUUCUGCUGCUACACAAGCAAGAGAUAAACUAGUAGAACGCCAACAGAAACUUGAGAAACUCAGUGAACGCACAGCAGAACUUCAAAAUGGAGCUGAGAAUUUUGCAUCCAUGGCACAAGAGCUUGCAAGGACAAUGGAACGCCGAAAAUGGUGGAACUUCUAA